AUGAGAGAUACUAUUCGAGACUCUGCAUUUGGACAGCUGGCUAGAAUUGUCACGAGAGGCAGGUAUUUCAACUAUGUCGAAGAGAAUCCUCGAUUUCAGUUUCCUUGUGAAUCCUUUACGAGUUCGAGCUCCGAAGAUGGGACUCCAGCGGAAGCCGUUGGAGAUGCAUCUGCCAGCAUAAUUGUCAACUCUACUGCUCCAAAAGAAGAGAGAAAUGGCUCUGUUGUGGCAGGCUUGGAAAAGGCGGAAACGACAAACGGGACAGAUCUAAAUUACCACGAUCGAAUUCUCUCGCGAGACAUGCAACUCGCCUUGCAAAGAUCGACUAGUCAAUCAAUAAAGCCCGAGAAGACAGCAGAUGGUAAAAUCCUAGUGGAUUGGUAUACUACAGAUGACCCUGAAAAUCCAUAUAAUUGGAGCUCAGCUAAGAAGCUUUACAUCUCCUUCCAAAUUUGCAUGUAUUCUUUCGCAGUUUAUUUUGGUUCAUCAGUAUACUCUCCAGCUUCAGGAGGCGUGAUGGAGGAGUUUGGCGUUGGAAAUGUGGCCGCUUCUUUGGGGUUGGCCAUGUAUGUUCUUGCAUAUGGAAUUGGCCCGAUGCUCUUCUCACCCUUGAGCGAAAUUCCUGCACUGGGUCGAACUCCAAUUUACAUCUUUACAUUCAUACUCUUCGUGGUCUUAACCAUACCAACGGCUUUAGUGCAUAACUUCGCGGGCCUUUUGGUUCUCCGUUUCUUGUGUGGAUUCUUCGGCUCACCGUGUUUGGCUACUGGUGCGGCAGCCUUUCAAGAUAUGUAUCCGAUGAUCAAGAUUCCAUACUCGUUGGCAUUAUGGGCCGGCUCGGGGCCCAUCUGUGCCAUGAUGAUCCUCUCCCUCCCUGAAACAUCUGCUAACAACAUUCUCCUUCGACGAGCUCGCCGUCUACGCAAAAUCACAGGAAAGAAUAACCUCCUAUCUCAAUCAGAAAUUGACCAAGCAGGGAUGAAUCCUAGCGAUGUUGCAUAUAAAGCACUCAUCAAACCAUGGCAGAUCAAUGCUCUUGACCCUGCAGUUGCCUUUACAACGCUUUACACCGCUCUCAUAUAUGGAAAUUUCUAUUCUUUCUUCGAAUCAUUCAUAUGGAAAGGAAUUAUAACGCUAGUAUUUCCCGUAAUGUACGGUUUCAACCUCGGCGAAUCAAGUCUCCCAUUUCUCUCGGUCGUCGUCGCACUCUUUAUUUGCAUGCCAUCCUACUGCGGUUACUACUACUAUGUGGUCGAACCCCAAGUAAAGAAGAGUGGAUUCGGUGCCCCAGAACAGCGUUUGAUACCUGGGCUGAUCACAACUUUCUUCGUACCUGCUGGUCUGUUUGUUUUUGCAUGGAUAGCAAAUGAGAAGAUUCAUUGGAUUGCACCCACAAUCGGAGUUGGCCUAGUCAUGAUUGGCUGCUAUACAAUCAUGCAAUCGAUAUUCAUGUACUUACCUUUUACCUAUCCUCAAUACGCUGCUUCGCUCUUUGCAGCAAACGACUUCGCCCGCAGCGCCUUCGCUGCAGGGUGUAUUGUCUUUUCCGGGCCAAUGUUUAAGAGCCUGGGAGUUGCGAAGGGCUGCAGCUUAUUGGCAGGGUUGAGUUGUGGAUGUACCAUCUUGUUCUAUCUUCUGUACUUUUAUAGGGCGAAUCUGAGAAAGAGGAGCAGAUUUGCUGUGACAUGA